UGUACAUAUCGGUAUACAUACAUUCAUUGAUUGUGAGUAAACACCAGUUGAGAGAAACGACUCUGGUUGCUUUCGAUGCGAACGAGAGCCAGCUAGCUAGCUACCAAUGUGCCUUUCAAACUCUGCAUCUGUCAAAAAAUUAUUGAAUGAAUUUUGGAUCGCCUGAUUUGCUCAUACAUAAGUCAUAACAAAUUAUUGUUUAGGUUCAGAGAACACCAAUAGAGAAGUAAACGUGUCGGAUAGCAUGGAUGCGCCGCUACGAGAUAACGAGGUAUUCACCCACAGUGAGACUUUGUUCGUGCAGAAUGGCAAGCCGAUGGAAUUCAGCAUGCCGGGCUCGGCCGAGGCGAAGCACAUAAACACGAAGAAACGUAUCCGUGCCCUGAUACUACAUGGAGGCGGCAUCAUGACGGAGGACAGGAAAGAUGUGAUACGUCUUGGCAAGAAUGGUGAAACGCCGCCAGGUGAUGUAGACCCACUGUUUGUCUACCAGAGCGCCAUGUUCAAUCGUCUCCAGGACUUGCGUUCGUACACAUUGGGGCCAAAGCCCCUUCCUCCCCCAGUGCCAUCACCGCCCAAACCGCAAAGUAAAUUUGUGACUAGCCCGCGUAACCCACAUGUCAGCCACUCCCCCGCCACGGCGGUCACAGGGAGAACGCCGUUCAGUGCAGUGGAGGAUGCACUCAUUCUCAAGUACUUCCACGAGCACCGGCAUAAGUACGCAGGCAGCUACAGCAAGAAACUCUGGCUGAGAGUUUGUGAAGAGGAGCCGCUAAAACACCGGACGUUUGAAGCACUCCGCACUCGUUUCCAAAAAUUCCUUUCAAGCAAACUGGAAAAGUCUCCGACAGAACGAAUGACGUCCACCAAACUUGCGUCGCUGGCGACGAAGAGUGCGUCGACGUCGUCCGCUAGCCCUGCUGUGCGUGGUGCGCCGGCGGGUCGACCAACAGCAGCAGCAGCCGCUGCUUCCCAGCCCAUGACUUCUCCGCGUUCAGAUCGUAGCGCUCACAAGGUCCACACCCCAGCCAAGCGAAAGCGCAGUCCAUCACCCGCGGGUCGUGACAGUGCUGCCAAGCGCCCCACUGCUGCUUCCACUGCUAAGAGUAAGAAGGCAAGUCGCGGGGACGCAGCCAUCGGCGAUUCACCGCUGUCGGAAGGAGUGACGCAACAGCAGGGUAUUGCCGCUAUGCAGCAUUCUCCUGAAAGCAGCCCGGCAUCGCCAGUUCUUGCUAAGAAGACCUAUGUGGCCAAAGCAGCCGCGUCCAGACUCUCGCCGGGCGCAGACAAGAAGAAUUCGCUGAAAUCGCCGGUCGUAGCUGCUGAAAGCAGCACGGCAUCGUCAGUUCUUGCUAAGAAGACCUAUGUGACCAAAGCAGCCGCGUCCAGACUCUCGCCGGGCGCAGACAAGAAUAAAUCGCUGAAAUCGCAGGCCGUUGCUGCUGAAAGUGGAACGGCUGAGCAGUCAAACGUUGGAUGUGGUGCAAAGCGCGGCAUUGUUCAUACUGCCGCUGCCUCGAAUGCGGCGGCGAAAGUGCCGACGACCGGCAACACUACAGCCAAGCUAUCCGCACGUCCGGGCCUGCACCAGCGGAAGUCUCCUCGAAAAGACCAGGUUAGGAUUGAAGAACUCAGCGCGCCCUCCACCCAUGGUGAAGAUUCUGACCUGUCCGACUCUCAAAAUGAACCUGAGCCCGCAGCAGGCAGUGGCAGUGGCAGCGGCAGUGCCCAAAAGAAGAAGAUCGUUCGAGCUAAGAAGCAGAAAGUGAAAUUCACGGUGGACGCCGUCCGCAGAAAGAAAGCCAGGAUGAAGAAAGCACUGUUGGAGGCCACGGUUUCCGAGGAUUGUGACGACGAUAAUGACGACGAUGCCAUGGUUGAUAUUGGCCCGCGAACGGAAGCUCGUCGAAAGCUCCACUUUGCAGUGGGUAAGUUGGACGGGGCUGGAGAUAUUACCCAAUCUCAAACGGCUGCUAUUGGCACUGGCUCGCCUGCCCAGUCUGCCAAGACGAGUUCUGGCAUCAACUCUCGUCAGUUUGGCGGCAUGGUGUCCGUCGACAGUGUUGACAAGAAGCUCUACUCUGCUGCUCAGCGUCAGUCUAAACGCUCCUCGUCUGCAUCACACGACGGUAGCAGCAGCGACGAUGAGGACCAAGCAGUGUCCGCUACCAAACCCGCUAUGUUCCCUGGCAAGCGUGUUAGUAGGUCAAAGCAGUCUACUCCAGUGGCCCCAGCAGCAGCAGUAGCAGCAUGUCAGAAAAGUACUCCGGACCUCUCGGCCAUGCUUUCCGACUGCAGCCGCUCAGAUAUUCCUACUCUUGGAGGGGCACUACGAGAUGUAUUUGGUCUACAUCUGCAAGUGCUGCGGGUGGCUGUUGAUGGCGGUCAUUCCUAUGUAGAUGCGUUGAAGCUAAUGCACUCCUGCAGUUGCAACUAUUCAGAUGCUCUCACCGUUGCUCGCGGGGAGGACCCCAGUGAAGGACUGCAUGUCUGGACGCCUGAGGAGGACACAGUUCUGCUAGGACGACGCUGUCGCUUUCGUACUCAGCUCAUUGACCUGCUGGGCCAAGAAGCGUGUGACAGCCGCAUCCGCUAUCUCAAGUCGUGAUUGCGCCGUGUGCGGUGUGUGUGUGUGUGGGUGUGUGUUCAGUAUUAGUGACACAUGUUGGGUACUACUAGCUUCUCUCCAACAGACACAGGUACUGUCAGACCAGUGUCCAUGUACGGUGUCGAGCUGCCAUUGAUGUACAUGUAUGUUUCAAUAGCUUGCCCUUGACUGGCGCUUGGGAGCAGGGUUUCGUGUUGACCAUUGACAACAGAGUAUAUGCUUUGUCCGUACUAUUUGACCUGGGCAGAAUGUUGGCUUCCCCAGAAUCAGAUUUCGAACAUCUUUUAUCGUCCUCAUCCACGCUUCCGUAGCUUGAUCUUUUCUGCGUCAGGUUAGGUAUUUGGCCUUGACAGAUGGCAUUCUCUCUGAAUCAGUUUCUAGUGUUCCCGUUGUUCACCUGCCCGCUUCCUGUUCUAGACUUCUUCUGCAUCGUGUGCUGGUUACGUGUGCUGGUUACGUGUGCUGGUUAUGUGCUUUUGUGUUGCAUUCCCUGCCAGUCGCUCUCUGUUCCCUUCUUAGUCUACAUGUGCUGGGUAGCAGGGAGUCGUAAAAUACCGGUAUUUUACGACUCCCUGCUGGCUAGUACAUAGUAUAUACUGGUUACUGGGUAGACGAUGUAGUAUGUAUUGGGUAGUACACCGCAGAGGGCAUUGCAGCGCGCUCACACUGGCUAGCUGGCCGCGGCCUUUGAAUGUGCUCACGAUAGCUGGCCUUGGUCGUGGAAUGCCUUUGCUUUCCGGACGUUGUGUCACAUAUCUGGCACGUCUUUUGGCAGUGUUGCCCCGUCUGCUGUUGAAGCGUGUGAUUUGUCGGAGUUUUUUAUUAUGGCGGUAUUUGAGCGUCGUCUCCAUUUUAGUCUCGCUUUCUUUCUUUCUUUUUUUUAUGAUGCUUUUUGCGUGUUCUUAGGUUGUGCUAGUAUGUGUGUUGUUUUUGUGUUGUGCUUGUGUACUUGAUUUGUGAUUGCUGUGCGCUGAGUUUACUGCCUUGUGCUGUCGUUAUGUGCGCUCGGUGCAUUUUUCUCUCGUUGGUUUUUUUGCAACUCCCAGUCUGCCUGGCUGAUGUAGCUUCUGUGUUUUCUGUACGGCUGCGGCUGAAACUUGCAGUACAUGUGAUGUACAUA